AAAAUAUUAUACAAAUCAUCUGUUAUCCUCGGUAUUAUUCUCAAAGACAAUAUGUUCGAUUCCAAGAGAUACAGUGACGAUUGAAAUAUCUCCUCAGAAUAUUCUUCAACACGUUUUAAAAAAUUACUUGUGCUCUACAGUAACAAAUGUAGCGUUAUAUGAACGUACCGAGGAUCAUAGUGGUAAGACAUUUUUAGAAUCUAUUGGAAAACUUUACAAUGCAGGAUUGCAACCACAGAUUGCAAAUCUCUAUCCGAAAGUAGACUUUCCUGUAAGCCGUGGUACCCCAAUGAUUUCUCCUCUCAUAAGAUGGGACCAUUCCAAAGAUUUUUAUAUUUUACAAGGUACUGAAUUGUAUCCAAGAGAAGAAGUUGUCACCAUUGCUAUAACUGAUGAGGAAUUUGCAUAUUUAACGGGCCAUGUCAUUAAUGGAAAAAAUUUGUUUCCGUCUACGGGAUAUCUUUUCCUUCUUUGGGAAAGGAUUGGCACAUUGAGAAAUCAAGAAUACAGCGAUGUACCAGUUGUAUUUGAGGACAUUACUUUUCAUCGUGCUACGACACUAUCAAAAUAUAAUAAUGUCGAAUUGAAUAUUUCGAUACAGAAAGGUAUUAUCGUUACAUAAAAAGUAAUUUCCCCAUUUAAGUAUUAAAUUUAAAAAAUA